AUGGCGUCAACCCUCAGCGGCUCUCCCCGCACCGGCCCCGUAGGCCAGCCGGGCUCUUCGCGGCGUUUCCCCCCUCAGGCGUCGGGGUCGAACGCCGUGAGCAGCGCGGCAGCGGGCCCUGACGCGGCCGCCGCCGCCGCCGCCGCCGCCGUUGUAACGGAGAGCGUGGCCUCUCCUCUGCACCUCUUGGGACUCGCCGCCGCCGCUUCCAGCAGCAUCCAGGCUAGCGACGGGCCGGUGUCGCCACCCUCUUCUGCUGCUGUGGCGGCGGCGGCGGCGGCGGCGGCGGGAGGCGGGGGGGCGACCAUGCAUCACCUCCACGAUCAGCACCAGCAGCGUGGCCGCCAUCUGGCUGGAGGGGCUCUGGGGGUGGGCACGAGCGGGACCGGGAACGGGAGCGGGGGGGUGCCGCAACAUCAUUCUCGGGGCCCGGCUCCGCCGCCAACGACGACGCAGCUGCCGUCGCUGUUGCCGUUUGCAGACGCGGUGCUGAGGUCGCGCGGGGGAGACAGCAGGGGGAACACGCAGGUGGAAAGUGGGGGCGGCGGCGGGCGCGACGCGGGGGCGACGGGGUUUGGGGCGUUCCAAGCCCGGCAGGAGCAGUCGGCCCAGCCCCAGCGGCAGCACUACGAGAGCUACGAGCACAAGCGGUCGGGGUCCGCAGAGAUGCACACGUCGGUGGCGGCGCAGGCAGAGGGCCGCGCCUACUACAGCCACGCCGCCGGUGAAUCGGGCGGGAGUAGUAGCCAUCACCACCGCGGCGGCACGGGGAGUAGCGGUGAACGGCCACCGUCUCUGCUUCACACGGCGGUUGCCCCUAUCGCCGUUCCCGACAGACUCCACCACCAGCCGCACGGCGGCGGCAUCAGUGCAGGGAGAGACCGGACGUCGUCCGUCCUGGCGGCCGCCGCCGCCGCCGCUGCCGCCGCCGCUGCCGCCGCCGCCGCCGCGAGCGGGAACGGUGGCGCUCCGACGGCUGCCGCGGGGUCAGCACCCUCGCUGGGGAACAAGGGCGCGAGGGACGCGGCGGCGGCGGGGGCUCCGGUGGUAGGGGAGGCGGCCGCACAGGCCAUGACGGCCCGGGGGCCGAACGCGCCGCGGUGGAUGUUGAGCAUCGACGAGAGGAAGGUGGAGCGGCCGAGGUCACCGCGGGGCUCCUCUGUUGCUCGCUUGACUCCUGCCGAAGAGCAAGCGAGGAUGGGAGGUACGGCUGCUGCCGCCGGCUCUGCUGCUGCGCAAGCGGCGUCGGAGGAGCUAAGAGCGACUUCUAUCGCACCAGCGUUCAACCCCUCGCCGAUGGUUGGCAGCGAGCAGGCAACGGCCGCUAUGUGCGCGACUGAGCCGCCUGGGUCCGGGGGCGUUGGUGCGUCAAGAGCCGGCGGUGAUGCGCAACCAGGGUCGGUCUCCUCUAGCAAUCACUUGUCGGUAAGGAUUCCGACACAAGGCGGGGGGGGGGGUGUUAACGGUGCGUCCCCCGAGGGAGCGAGGAGAGCAAGCGGCACGGGUCACGCCCGAGGCAACGCCGGUACAGCAGCCAACCCGAGAAGCCGCUUCCGCUGGAAAAAAAAGGUGGCGUACCGGCGGCGCGGUGCUUAACGACUAGUGGACAGAUCAGCGGAAGGUGCUUUUCUUCCGAUUGUCCGGAGGGCGGCGCUACAUGAGGUGCACCUACCGCUGGCGUGUUUGCCCAUGUUGGCUAUAUACAGACAGAAGCAGCAGCCUGUCGCUGAUUUUUCCCAUUGGCCAAUCCAAUACCUCGUUUGCGUUGAUUAAAGGUGCGGUGACGUUGCAUCUGGCGCCCAAAUCCGCCGCGGAGCACAAGAUCACAAGACGUUUGCUGUAACUCUUCCCAAAUUCUAAUGAGAAUGAGAAUAAUCAAGGUGAACAAUCUACUUGCAUUAAUUAAUGACUCGUGGACAAACUAGUUAAGUUAAAAACCAUUCGGGUCAUGCGAUCUUAUUGAGUUUACAGGACCAAGGGAGAGGUCAACGAAAAAAAAGAAAGUCUAAGUAGUACGGAGUAGUGCAAAAGAAGAAAUAAGACGCCUCUUCUUGUUUCCUACAUGUCGUACACACCCACACACAUGAUGACAAAAUCCACACGAGCGGCAGGGGGGGGGGGGGGGGGGGGGCACCCCCCCCCCCGGGGCCGGGCCCUUUUCCUUGGAAAAAAAAAAAACCAGGCCAAAAACCC